AAGCUGCUUCAGCUGCUGCGGCGGGGAUGUCAGUUGGGGGCCAAACGUCGCAACGUCCGAAUCGACGUGCGUCCUCGAGGGACUGAAAUCGUUCUCGUUUCCUCUCUUUCUCUCUUUUUCUCUAUUUCUAUCUCUCUCUUUCUCUCUUUCUCUCUAAAUCCGUCUGUAUUUAUUUUUCUGUCGGUUUUCGUUUGUCUUUUCACGAGUCAGGCAGAAUGUAAAAUAGUUUUGCUGGUUUGCCGCUUCAGUUUACGAACGAGUUAUUACAUCGUCGUCGCUGCUGGUCGCGCGUUGAUCGGGCCAAGUUACCGUCGGGAUCUGGCAAGGAGAAGGAACUCGGAAGCGAAGGAACUUUCUACAUGAGAUGUUUGGUGGGCCAGUCCGCAGCUACGGCGCGGACUCGUUCUCUGGUGGAGCAGGCGAGUGACGUUACUCGCGUCGAAGCGGCCGUGGCUGCGGACUCGACUACGAGAGCAGCAGCAGCAGCAGCAGCAGCAGCAGCAGCAGCAAGAGCUACGACGACGUUGUCAUUGUUGUUUUUGUUGUUGACAACGUCGACGGCGAUGACCUAAAUGCGCGAGCGUCUGUCCCGCUCUCGGCCCCGUCCAGUACUGGCGUCGUCGGCCAGAUUCGAUAUUUUGGAUCGCCCUACAGCCUCGGCGCACGGCAACUCUGCGAGCUGGACUUAUCCGGAACGAGCGCAACAUCGAUCGAGGCUGGCGGCAAGGACGGCAAAGGCGGCAUGUCCAGCGGAGAUAAUAAGCCUAGUCCUGGCUUAACGAUCGAUCGAGCUGCCUUCCUGCUGCUGCGAGUCAAAAGGGCAUUCAAGAAGAAAAAACAACAGCGCAAAGACAAGAGCAGCGGCGGCGGUGGCGGCGGCGGCAGCAGCGGCGCAGCUCAGGUCAGCGAUGGAAAAAACUCGGCGGGAUCGCGCAAUGGGACGGGCGCCUGCCGAACGAGCGGGACGGCCGAGGGUCCGGCGGGCCCACCGCCUCUGCUGCGCUCGAGGACGUUGCCGGCCAUCGUUGUGCCGGGCCUCAGCAUUCUGCAAGCUCAAAUCGAGGCCAGCCGCUGCCCACCCGCCUACUCGGCCGUCUGUCCCAGACCGAGCCUGGACGCGUCGCUCGUCCCAGCAGCAGCAGCGGCCAAAGCGGCCACGGGCAGUUGCAGCCACCUGUGCGUCAAGCGCGACAGCCUCGCGUCCCAGUGCAGCAAGCUGCUCGCGCCAAGGAUCUCCUUCACCGAGGACAGCAUCGGGGAGCGACGAGUCUCCGACAGCAGCGGCGCCUACCGAUCGGCCGGCAACGAACUGGCCCAGGGCUGCUCGCGCCUCGCCGGCCGACUGAGCACCUGCAGCGCCGGAGCCGUCCAGCCCCUCUCGAGACUCGCCCGGGUGUUCAACCAGCGGCCGAGCUUCAUCCCCCAGGAGGACUCGCCGCGUCGCUUGUCCUGGGAGAGGCGAGGGGACUGCAGCUACGCCGGCUCGUGUCUGCCCCGCAGCAACAGCAUCGACAGCGUGGCCGACUGGACCAACUCCCUGGCCAGUGCUGGUGGUGGCGACCUCACGAGCAGCGUCACCUCGAGCUUGGCCGUCGGCAGCGAUCAGCUCUACGGCAGUGGCUACGUCUUGGCCGAUCAAACUCGUCAGCAGCAAACCCCCAGUCGGCGUAGUCCGAGUCCUCUGCUCGGCAUCAGGACCGCCGACAAGCUCAACAAUCUCGUCUCGCCGAGCAUCAGUCGCCGCUUCAAGGGCCAGCGAGCCUCGCUGGCUCUUUUUGCGGCAGUCGAACAGGGAAGUCUUGACAAAGUACGAACGAUUUUGGAAUCGACUGACAUAGACGUUAAUAACGUCAACAGUGAUAAGCUGUCAGUUCUGGAUAUGGCUGUUUUGACGAAUAAUCGGCCUCUGGCCAAAUUACUUGCCAAGUUCGGGGCCCGAGAAGGCGACAACUUCAAAUCGUCGGAAUCUCUAGGUAAACACCUGGCGUCGCUGUUAGUCGAAUCAGAGCAUCGCGUGCAAGAGUUGACCGGUGUGCCGUCGAUCGGUCAAAGUUCCAGCGGUAGAGUUCCUUUCAUGGAAAAUUCGGCCUACAUUCAUCGCGGCAGUUUCACGUCUCAGAACAACAAUCUAACUGGCUGCAGUGGAGGAGGAAGUAGCUCAGAAGACAAACAGCUAGUAUUAUGGGAACGCAGAGCUCGGGCUCUGCGAAAAAUGCUAGCUGGCUUCGAGCAAACUCGACCUCCGGAUAUUCUGUUUAUGGUAUCAAUUGAAGUAAGCAGUACUUCGUCAAUUGUAGCACGAUUUUUCGACUCUGAUAUGCAAGAUACGUCCAUUUGUACGAAAUUUAAAAUUCAAUGGAGCUUCUGCGAGGACUUUUCUGUCAUGAUCGGUGAGCGUGAGGUUCUCGAUAUGAAGCAAAAAGAGUGUCGUAUCGAAGGACUAGACCAAGGUCGUAGGUAUCAUUUUCGUGCUGCCGCUGGCAAUCUCAAAGGGUACAGCAGAUUUAAGCCGACGCAGCCAGAAUAUUUGACACCUAAUAGUUGGAGGGACGUUGACGGCCGAGGCACUCGUUCGACUAGUCGCUUAGAACAGUUAGAUAGUCUUUUAACAGACGUAAGAGGUCCCGAGUACAGUCUUGAAACACCAGCGGUGCAGCGGCGAAAUCAUAAAAAGACGAAAACAACAAUCAAACAACUCUUCACGGCUACUAGCAAGUUCCAGAAAAAUUUACGCCGCGGUGUUUUUCUCAGCUGCGUUUUUUAUCACGAAGACAAAGUUUUAUUGACAAACGAAGAUUUUUUACCGGUAAUCGAAAUCGAUGAAACGUAUCCGAGCUGCGUACAGAAUGAUUUUCAUUGGUUCAUGAAAGUAGCUUGCUCCUGGGAAGAUGUAAAACCCUUGAAACAGGACAUGGAAAAAAGUCAUAGCAAUACAAGUAAUCACUUUCGAGUUAAACUUCUCAAUUCUGCUGCACAGAUGCAGACGGCGCUUUGUACUCAAGAGCUCGGAAAAUUCUACCAUAAACCUAUUAAAGAUGUGCAUGGUACACUGGUGUUUUCUACAGUUCAUUGUGUUAAGACUCCAAAACAUGUAUCGGUUCUAAACAGUAGGUGGAUUCCGUUAGCAAAAGUAACAAAAAAGCUCAUUGCGCAUGAAGACAGCAAUGUUGCUGACAUGCUGAUGGCCAGUAUUCAUGAUCAAAUAUCCUAUCACCAAGUUAGCAGUAUAAAAUUACCCAGAGGUUUGUACCUUGGCUAUCUUAAAAUGCAAAGUAGUGUGGACUCGAUUCAAGUUGUUGUACCAACUAAGUCGCCUAAUAUGCUGCCUCAUUGUAAAAUUCGAGAUAAUUCACAUGUCACAGCCGAAGAAUGGGAGUAUUUGAAGAGAUUGGGUAGGUUACAAGGUCUAAGUGCAAAUAGCAAUAGCGAUGACAGCGAUGACAAAGAAAAUUUGGUUGAAUUAAAUGGAAAUGAACAACAAAAAGCAUUCGUUGAUGCCGUAGCUGCAUCUACAAAGCGACUUUUUGCCUACAUGGAUAUUGGUCCAGAAGAUUCUUUGGCUCAUAGAUUAUAUGAUAUAGAAGUCAUCGAGUUGAGUACUGACGUGUCACUUCUUGUGGUAGUUCCGCCAGCUGACAACGCAUGUUCCGUGCCCGGAACACGAGAAAUUUUACUGCAACGUGGUGAUCUGCUCUCACUAUCUGUUCAAGUUUUUGAAAUGGUGCAUCUGGGUACAUAUCAAAAAGAUGUUACUGAUAGAUUUUCACGACUCAGUUGUAUACUUGAGCUCGACACAGCACAAGCUCAACAUAGUCAACGAGAAGCUUUCAGUAAUUCUGAACUCAGCGUAGCAAAGGACAAACUCGCUAAGCUACAAGAUAUACAAAGCCAAGCCAACACUGUUUGGAAAGGGGCUCGUUGGCUCAUUGAUCUCAUUGCAUUCGCUAGAGAUCGAAGCUCACUAACUAUGUCUUCGCAAUCGACUGCAUCUUGUUGGUCUCAAAAUUCUGGUAUUAGUAUAAAACACUUAUUGAGCUUGGAGCGAAAUAAAAACACAAACAGUGGAAAUAAUCUGAAAAGGAGUUUAUUACAAAUACCACCAAGAGAUCCAAAACUAGUAAAAUCGAGUCCCGGACGCGGUAGUUGGCCUGGUCCAGGCGUAGGAAACAUCUCUGGCUGCUCAGGUACAAAUUUGUUGGCAACAGAACUAAGUAAAAGUGAGCAACAGCUAUCCAUGGGGCCAUACCCUCGAAAAGGUAGCAACAGCUCAAAUUGCUCAUCAACUUCGGAACCGCAUAGUCAAGCGUCUUCAAAUUCGGCAUUUCUUAUGCCAGCUCCACCAGUACCACCUCACAGAUUUCCACAGCACCAGAACAGGCUACCUCCCUCAAAGUCUGAGGAUGCACUUAUUUUGGCUUGCAAGGCUCAAAAACAGGCAUCUAGCCAAUUGCAAUUGCAGCAGCAACAGCAGCAGCUUUAUAAUUGUCGCAAUCAAGGCAAAAGCUCACUUUCAGCUUCAACGAGUCCUGUCAUGAGCAGUGCUAGUACUAGUCGAUCUAGCGUUAAUGAAGAUCAAACCAGAUUACUGAAAACUACCAAGUCAUAUAAUCCAGCCCCGGUAGCCAGUGUGGCAUCGAUCGCGAAUGAUCUUUGCAAUUCUGAAAAGUUUUCAGGAGCUGAAGACAAAGACGAAACCAAUACAGAGCUGACUUCAGGAGUUCGUAUUGCUCCUCUGCCUGGUAUUCUUCAGGUGUAUGCAGCCUACGAAACUGGUCUAGCCACAGGUACGAGUUUAAAAUUACACGUGACAGGCCGUACGACAGCUCGAGAAGUCGUUGACCUCGUAGUCAAACAGUUGAAUAUGGCUGUGGUAUUGAAAGGACUUGAAGGACCUGUAUAUUCACCGGAAGAGCUAUCUAAUUUUUGCUUAGUUGCGGUGAUUGGAGCUAGGGAACGUUGUCUCAGGGACGAUUUUAAACCUCUUCAGCUGCAAAAUCCAUGGAAAAAAGGUCGCCUUUAUGUGCGGCAAAAACAUGAUGUUUUGGCAGCUCUGGAACACAGUAGCAAACACACAGCUUUUUUGUAAAAAAUUUUUGUACCUAACACAAAAUCUCCCUUCAAUUACCUUACUAUCUUGUCCUAGUCUUGAUUCCCAAAUGAAAUCAAUUUUUUUAUUUUGGAACAAAGCAUGUGGAAACAAUUUUUUAUGUUUCCCAAGAGUAGCGAAUUUUACGUGAUCUCAUUCUUACUGACUGUUCCUACAGAGUAUAUCUGGCAUGCUCGUUGCAUCUUGCCAGUUUUUUUUCGAGCUUCCAUUAUUUGUAUGUUGAAAUUCCAACUCUGAUGACAGUAAGGAAGUACGAAAUGCAAUUAGUCGUCAAUUUAAAAAAAAAAAAUUCAAAAAUUUAUUACUCUUGUACAAAAAUAAGUGAUAUUAAUUUCGCCAAAAUAUUAAGAAUGUAUAUUUUACCACAUUGAAAAAUGUACGGUUAUCAGCAGUAAAGAUAUUUUUCCGUCUUAUAGCGUUGUUGGUAAAAUUGACACAAUUGUAAGUGGUUCGUGUAGUUUCUACGUGAAUGCAUCUCGAUAGGUUAAAAAAUUUUAGAAUUUUUUGUUUGUUUAAAUUUUAUUGAGAAUUUUAGACUUGUGAGAUUUUAGAAAACAAAAAAAAACCGAGCCUCAAAUGAGAGAUGCUCUCAAAUUUAUUAAUGUCUAAAAACAACAAAGUAACGAUUAUAAUUAACCGUGACACCAAAUAAACUUUAAGCAAUCUAUUGAGUUAAGAAUAGGAUAUAAAUUAUAUAAAUAUUAUAUGCAUGUAUUUGUUAAGAGUCAUGCACAAUUUUAAAGAAAAACGUGUGUACACAAACUGACCAAGCAUGAAUACGCGAGAAAUGAAUCGAUUUUGUCUAUUAUAGUUGUAUAUUAUUGUGUGUUAAAAAAGGUAUGACUUAAUGGGCAAUUUUGUUUACGUUUACGAAACAACGAAAGUACCAAGUUCCAUUGGUAAUAUUAUUCUGAAUUGUAAAACAACCUAAUUAGCAAAAAAAUCAAGCAACGUAUAAUUGAUGAAAGAAAUAAAUUUUUUCUAUUGAAUUGUUUAACACAUUCGUCGGUGAGUUUAUGAUUAUAAUUUUACUAAAUUAUGGGACCACUACAAGGACAAAAUAUAAGUACUUUGCCAAUAUCAAGAUCGAAUCUUUUGAUAACCGACGAAUUGUGAUACCAAGAAUUCCAAUGUUUAACGAUACUCAACAUAAUUGUUGCGAAAACUUGACGUUUAUCUUGGGUUUCAACAAUUCUUUGUUAAUACUCAAGAGUACCGAUAUUUAUUUCUUAUACUAGAUAUUUACAUAAGUUAUUUUUGUAAAAAAAAAAUUUGAACGUUAAUAUAUUAAAAUAGAAGUUGAAUAUACAUAGAAUGUUGUUGAUUCGUUGUCGUAAAAGUUGAAUGUAAUUUGAUUGUUAAUUUAAUUUGAAGUUGUUCGAAACGAAUAUUUGACACUUCAAAUUCAAGUCUUAUAUCAUAACUAACAUUGAAUACUUUCAAAUGUAAUUUUUAGAAACUAUUUUUAAUUGUUGACGUAGUUUUACGUUCGUUGGACGUAAAAAAUUUAUUUCAGGCGUAUUAGGCAAUAAAUAUGAUGAAAUAUAAUUGAAAUUGAAUUCCUUAUGA